AUGCGUGAUGCGGGCUGCCAAGGUGUCAACGUCAAACGUCGGCUCGCCAUGUCAGCGGCCUGGCUGAAGAUGUUCCUUGCGGCAAAGGUUUCGGCUUUGCUUCAGAGUGUCGGUCACAAACGGGCUUGUCUUGAUCUCCCAGCUCCUUCCUUCACGCCAGGCGCCCAAGAGACCCCGCAGCAGCUGAAGCAGGUAUCCAUGCGCACAUGUGAGUGCUGCAUUGAACAGUUUCAACGGCCGUUGACUUCAUCCUUUCGCUUUGCUCCUCCGAAUCUUAGGCAGGCCUUCUCCAGAGCUGCGUACCGAGACGAGGAGCUGGCUGCAGCUUUGCCGGACGGGCGGCGGCGACGUGCGAAGAACGAAGCAGUGCAAUUGGUUAUCACGACGAUGGGUAGGAUGGGGUCACUGGGGUCCGCCGCGGUGCUCUCCAAAUUUCACGCCCAUGAUCCAUCUUCUUUCACCGGCAGCGCUCUUGUUUGCUGGGCCACGCGCCUUUCGAUGUACACACCACAGACCAUCACGAACCACUGCUGGGCCGGGCCGGGUGAACGAGCAGGAGCGGCGGCCGCUGAUGCAGCAUUGCAGCACACGUGCACAUGCAGUUCUACCCUGCAUCCUCACCACACCUCCGUCUUUUUAGACCGGCACCGGCACUGGCACGCCUGCUCACCGCGACGUCCGCGCCCCCUCGCCAUCGCCAUCGCCAUCGCCAUCGCCAUCGCCAUCGCCAUCGCCAUCGCCAUCGCCAUCGCCAUCGCCAUCGCCAUCGCCAUCGCCAUCGCCAUCGCCAUCGCCAUCGCCAUCGCCAUCGCCAUCGCUACCACCAUCAACACACAUACCGACCACCACUGCCACAUCCGCACUUCGCUCGGCGCCAGCAUUGCGGCCGCCAGCAUGAAGCGCAAGUUUUCCUUCGACAUUCCGAAGCUGGUGAGUACCAUGUCCCUGGGUAGAUCUGCUGCGCGCCAGAUUCGUGAUAUUGCGCCGCGCCCCAAAAUCGGUUCGCUGCGACCUGAGGCUGCUUCUAAACAGCAUCAGCAUGAGUUGCGCGGCCAUCUCCUUGUAUCCCCCACCGAGUCACGACCUCCGACGCCGAAAAGUGUACGCCCACCGCUUUCAGGAGACGUGGACGCCGAAUUGCGCGCCGCAUGCACAUAUAUCAUUACACACCCCAAACCUUCUCAUGAAAUAUGGGAUCGAUCCGCAACCAGGCCGGCAUUGGACUAUGCUUCCAUCAAGGCCGACGUAGACUUGGCUCCCAUAGGCCCAGUCCGGACUCGAAGCACGCGUCACAAGCCGGAGCCCUCGCACGAGUCCUCCAAGUACAGCUACAGACCACACAUUGCCGUUGAGGAUUUGUUCAAGAAUGAGAAGCCUUUGCCGCAGACAAGCGCACGCUCACGCGCUGACCAGCUUAUGGCUGGGGCUGCAGUAGGCGCACCAAGUGUUGUUUCAAGACAUUCGCGAACUGCUUCACAGCAACAGCCAGCACUGUAUACCAUUCGAACUGAAGCACACGAGAAGCCAAGGAUGCUGGGCAGAUCAGAUUCUGUUGGUACCUCUGGAUCAACACCUCAAACAGAUUCAACUGACUACCCCUGGUCGGCAUCUACUGGAUUGACCUCUGCCGCAAUCACACCUUCACGCUCCAAGAGAACUUCGUCUCAGGCUGUUACUUCUGCAUCUGAAAGCGGAAGUGCCCCGAAGAUUGAAGCGGUCAAUGCAGAAUGGAUGCGUGCAGAGCUCGAAAAGCACAAAAAGCUCAUUGAAGAAAGGGAACGCGCACGGGAACGAGUGAACGACCAAUCUACCGACUUUACGCCGACCUACUUACCCAAACGAGCGCCCACGCCUCAGGCCCUUGCUCAAGUACCAGCUCGAAAACCUGUGCCUUCUCGUCCGGGAAGCUCACAGGCGAGAGAAUCAUCUCGAGCAGGGACUAGGCAAGUGAGUCGUCAAGAAAUCAGGGAUGAUCCUCAGCAGAUCGAUCGAGGCACGGUCGAGCGUGGUCGAUCCGAAAGUUUCCAGAAAGGUCCGGAAGCCGAAGAUAGAGGCAGAUUGCUUGCUCGUUCAAGCAGUCGCCUUGGAAAAGCUGCUCGCUCGGCCAGUCGAGCGGCACUGCAAGCUGCGAACAAGGCGGAAACCAUCACUAACGAUAUCGUUGGCCAUUACUUCCGGCCUAAUCCAGACCAACCCACGCAGGACCCGCCCGAGCGACCUCCAAGUAGAGCACGAGAUUUUACUUCAAAUGUCAAGGAGUAUUUCAGGCCCGGCUCUUCCACGGGCAAUCGAAGUAGGAAACCCAGCAUCGAUCUCAACCGAGGCCAUAGGCGAUCACAGUCUUUUGAAUCGCAGCGAAGUGGUUUCGCACCUUCUGAGCGGUCUUUGAGAUGGCGAGGGAAGCUGUUCAACAGGAGUCGAUCCAAUGUUGCUUUGGUGGACGAUAACACAGUCUCGCCACCACCUCAGCAACAGAAGCCUCCGAUUGAUCUCAACAGAGAACUUCCACCCUUGCCAAGCCUUGAUCAGUGGAAAGAUGACAAGCCGGACGCGCCAGCACAGGCACCUGUUGAGCGAAGGCACACUCCUGGAACUGAGAAGCCAAGGAGUCGGGCGCCUAUGGUUGAAGGUCUCCGCCGAGCCUUGUCGAGGAAGGACUUGCGCCUUGCCGCUUCACCCAAGCUAGCGACUAAAGAUGAAGCCAUCGCGGCACGUCUCGGCUCCCCCACUCCCCCAAUGUCACAGAAGCAAACUGUUGACACGAAGAGGCCAACGCCGAAUUGUCUACAUCCAUCACCGAGCCCACCUCCACUCUCUGGAAGUUCUCAACUCAGCUCGCCAUUGGCAAAUGAGUUCGAUCUUUCGUCUUUGUCGCUGGGCGGAGGAAGCAUUGAACCGAUGCGCAGUAAUGGGUCCGGAAGUAGCGGGCAGAUGAGACCCGACCAAUUGCGAAGUCCACACAUACAUACUCAGCAGCUAACUCCAGAAAAGGCCUCGCGAAGGAUGCCUCAUAUUGCCGACUACUCCCGUGGUGUAGGAGGUCCUGUUCGUCCUUGGAAUCGUAUAGAAACCAACUCAAGUACGCCAUUUGGCCACUCGCGUCAAAGCAGCAAUAAGGAGAAUACUGCUCGCAAGUACAGUAUGGAUGAAUAUAGCUGCCCGCAUGACGACAGGUAUCAGAACACCGUAGAGGUCAAGUCAACGCAUUCGAGUGACAAGAAGCGGUGGUGGCAGGGCGGCAAGAACAGGAGACCUUCGCAAGCGAACUGGAUGGACCAGGUCGUGAAAUCAGGUGCGAGGAAUGGCAUGCUCAUGGCUGACGAUGCUGCUGGCGCACCAGCCCGUCAGAUCGCUGGAGUUCAGAUACUCGACCAUUGCCAGACCUGGAGCCCAUCGUCUAAUGGUCGGAAUGCCGCUCAAGCACAACCCGAGCCCUCAGUCCCGAUCACGGUUUGGAAGUGCGAUGGCAUACCCGCACCGCAUCGAAAUAACCAUUUCGUCACGCACAUGCUUUCGACAUAA